GCUAUGUUUAAAGAUGCACCAUUAUUAUUCAAGGAGAUAUUAAGCACCCAUGUUCCCUGACGGAAUACUUAAAUCGCGGACCUAUUUUUUAAAAACCAUUUUAAAAAACCCAACGUUGUGGAGUAUGUUGCUUAAUGCAUUGAGAUAACAAUAGUGGUGUUUUUAGCACGCUUUAAAUGUUUAUUUGAAUAUAUACGUGUUUAGAUCAAGCUUUGUUUGAGUAUAGGGUUUAAAAAAAUAAGUGAACAAUAAUGGAGAGGUUUGAAAUGUACAUUUUUUCCACUCUGUGCAGUGUUUAUUUUCUUGUUUCUUGUAUUCUAUUCUCAAAAAUUACCCGAGAGCAAAGAGAACCUUACAUGGAUGAGAUUUUUCACGUACCGCAAGCACAAAAGUAUUGCGAAGGAAGAUUCAACGAGUGGGAUCCUAUGAUUACAACACUUCCUGGAUUGUACCUGAUCUCUGUUGGAAUUAUUAAACCAUCAGUAUGGCUGGCUGGAUGGACUGGAGAGGUCGUGUGCUCCACGGCUAUGCUGCGCUUUAUAAAUUUGCUGUUCAGUAGUGGAAACCUAUACCUGAUUUAUCUUAUUACAUGUGAACUACACCGAAAAGAUAAGGCUGCAUCUGCUUUUCGGAGACUUUUGUCAUCUCUGGCCCUCUCGUCUUUUCCAGUGUUGUAUUUCUUCACGUUCCUCUACUACACAGAUGCUGGGUCCACAUUUUUCAUCCUCUUUGCUUACUUGAUGUGUCUAUAUGGAAGUCACGAAUUAUCAGCACUUCUUGGCUUUUGUGCCAUUAUGUUUCGCCAAACCAAUGUCAUUUGGGUGGCAUUUUGUGCGGGCACAGUGCUAGCCCAGAAAAUGGAAGAGGCGUGGAAGACUGACCAGACAAAGAAAAAGGACGAAAAGUCCCCCAGCCCAAUACCGGGUUCCCUUGCUGGGGCCAGAAAAAUUAUACGUUUUUUGUUGGAAUUCCUAUUGACUCCAAAAAAUGUAACAGUUGUGAUCAGAUUGACAUGGCCGUAUGCCACUGUAGCAGUGGGCUUUCUUGUUUUCAUUAUUUUAAAUAGAGGGAUAGUGGUAGGAGACAGAAGUAGCCAUGAAGCCUGUCUGAACUUCCCACAGUUAUUUUACUUUUUCUCAUUUGCUUUGGUCUUCUCAGUUUUUGACACACUUUCCUGUCAAAAGAUUGUAAAUUUCUUUCGUUUUCUGAAAAAGUACCCUUUGUUGUUUCUCUUCCUGACUGCCCUCUCCUUAUUCAUGGUCUGGAAGUUUACUUUUGUUCACAAGUAUUUACUUGCAGACAACCGACAUUAUCCCUUUUAUAUAUGGAAGAAGAUCUUCCAGAGGCAUGAACUGGUGCCCUUUUUGUUGGUUCCAGGCUAUGUUUUUGCAGUGUGGAUUUUGUUUGAAGCACUGAAAUCCAAAUCUCUUUUCUGGAACCUCAUGUUUUUUGCAUGUCUAUCUGCAGCAUCAGUUCCCCAAAAAUUGUUGGAAUUUCGAUACUUUAUACUGCCCUAUUUAAUCUACAGACUUAACAUACCAGUGCCAUCCAUCUUCAGGUUAAUUUUAGAGAUAGGUUUUUACACAACUGUGAAUACAGUGACCAUUUACAUUUUUUUGAAUAAAACCUUCAACUGGCCUGAUAGUACAGACUUGCAGAGGUUUAUGUGGUAACUGUUUUAUGUCAGAAGGAUAUUGAAGAGGUUAGAUUUAGAUAUUGUAUUAAUUUAGAUAUUCCCUUUAAGAAAUGCAAGAGUGACCAAGUAAUUUGUUAUAUGUUGCACAAAAUAAAUUAUUUUUAAUAAUUGACAUCUGUGAAACCAACCAAAAGAUGAUUUUUUUAAAUAAUUCCUAAAAUGUUUCAGGUGGAGAAACACUUAAGCAGAUCCCUUAUUUAUUAAUGCAGUACAAAAGGGACACAUUAUUUAGCAAUAACUUGUAACAGGACUCCAGUACUUGGAUUGUGCACUGAAGGUACUGAACUUGACAUUGUCAGUUUUUACUGUGGAGUAACAGUAUUUGAUCAAUGACUGGUUCUUUCCUUUUGACUUUGCUAUACUGUGAUAUUCUGUCUUUAUUAUGUAAUUGUUUUCUUUUUGUUUUCUAUUUUCUCCAUUGUCAUGUUUUAAGUAUAAUGGACAUUUUCAUUUGCAUUAUAUGAUAGACAAUGAUGAAUAUACAGUAGUUUUAUUUAGUUGAUGCUUAAAUCUUGUUGAUGCUGGCUAAAGGUUUGGGGAUACUGUAUUAAAGCAUGUCACACCCUGUUCAGUGCGAUCAGAAGCCGUCAUCUCAAAAACUAUUUUUUUGUUUGAAACGACUGUUCUUUAUGGGAGAACAUUAGUGCAAUUAAAGAAGGGAAUACAGAAACUGA